CCAACAUACCAGAGAAUGCAGAAAGCAGUUCUGCAUGGAGUUACAGGAGAUCUUAAAGAAACAGACCUCAAGAAACUCGGGUUUGAGGAGAGGCAAGGUUUACUGGAUAUGUUUCUGAAGAGUGGUGAUACCAACGAAGAAUUUCUGCAGAAGCUCAAGAACAGGAUAGACAGGGUUUGUCUCAAAUUACCUACAAUUGAGGUUCGAUUCCAGAAUCUCAAUGUUGAGGCAGAAGCUUAUGUGGGUGAUAGAGCUUUACCGACAGUAUUCAAUUCCUUUGUCAACUGGCUAGAGGAUGUAGGAAAUUAUCUUCAUCUCCUUCCAAGUCAUAAGAGAAGGUUUUCUGUUCUUCGUAACGUCAGUGGUAUUUUAGGACCUGGAAGAAUGACCUUGCUGCUGGGACCACCUGGCUCAGGCAAAACCACCUUACUCAAAGCUUUGAUGGGAAAGCUAGAUCCGGAACUGAACUUUUCAGGAGAAGUUACAUACAACGGGCACAAAAUGCACGAGUUCGUGCCAGAAAGGACAGCUGCUUACAUUAGCCAGUACGACAUCCACACCCAGAUGACUGUUAGAGAAACAUUGGCCUUCUCUGCAAAAUGUCAAGGAGUUGGUUCUAGCUACGAUAUGCUUACAGAACUUCUAAGAAGGGAGAAGUUAUUGAAAAUUAAGCCAGAUCCUUAUAUCGAUGCUCUGAUGAAGGCAUCAGUUUUGAAGGAACACAAGGAAGAUACGGUUACUGAUUAUGUUCUUAGGAUUUUAGGACUUGAAGUUUGUGCUGAUACUAUGGUAGGAGAUGCAAUGAUAAGGGGCAUUUCUGGAGGACAAAAGAAACGUGUUACUACUGGGGAAAUGCUGGUUGGUCCUGUGAAUGUGCUUUUCAUGGACAAUAUAUCAACUGGUCUCGACAGUUCGACCACCUUUCAGAUAGUAAAUUCUAUCAGGCAAUCCAUUAACAUAUUUAGCAAGACUGCUCUCAUCUCCCUUCUCCAGCCACCUCCAGAAACUUAUGAGCUCUUUGAUGACGUUUUACUCCUUGCGGAAGGACAAAUUGUGUACCAUGGCCCACGUGAAUGCAUUCUCGAAUUUUUUGAAUCUAUGGGCUUCAAAUGUCCUGACAGGAAAGGCGUUGCUGACUAUCUACAGGAAGUGACUUCAAGAAAGGAUCAGAGGCAGUACUGGGUCAAAGAAGAAUCGCUUUAUCGUUAUAUUCCAGUUGCUGAGUUUGUUGAGGCCUUCAAGUCAUUUCAUGUGGGAAGAGCUAAUGAAGAGGAGCUGAGGAUCCCAUUUGAUAGGUCAAAGAAUCAUGCUGCAGCUUUGACGAAAUCUAAGUAUGGUGCUAGCAAGAGGGAACUAUUGAAAGCCUGCCUGUCGAGGGAAGCAACUCUAAUGAAGAGGGAUGCCAAAUUACACAUAUUAAAGAUAGUUCAACUUUGGAUCUGUUCAAUCAUUCUGGCAAUGGUAUUUGGACAAGCUAGAAAGCAGCAUCAUUCAGUGGAAGAUGGAGCGGUGCAGCUUGGUGCACUCUAUUUCUUGAUCCACUUGCUAUUAUUCGCUGGAUUUUUCGAGCUUCCAAACACGAUUGAUAAGCUUCCUGUGUUCUACAAGCAAAGGGAUCUCCAUUUUUAUCCUUCAUGGGCAUUCUCAUUGCCGUCAUCCAUCCUCUGUUUGCCUUUAUCCUUCAUAGAAGUCGCUCUUGUGGUUUGCACAACUUAUUUUGUAAUAGGUUUUGAUCGUAGUGUCACAAGGUUGCUAAAGCAAUACUUGGCACUUGUGUUAAGUGGACAAAUGUCAUACACACUUUUUCGAUGCACAGCCACGCUGAGCCGGGACCAUAUCAUUGCAAACACUGCUGGAAGCUUCGUAAUAAUUUGGGUUCUAACAUUUGGUGGGUUUGUCUUAUCAAAAGCAAGAAUGAAGAAGUGGCUGAUAUGGGGCUUCUGGACAUCUCUAAUGUACACGCAAGCCGCCAUCUCAGUAAAUGAAUUUCUUGGUGAAUCUUGGAGUCAUGUCCUCGAAGGAACACAAGAGACUCUGGGAAUAGCUCUAUUGAGAUUACGAGGCUUGUUCACGGAUCCAAGUUGGUAUUGGAUCAGCCUUGGUGCAUCGAUUGGCUUCAUCGUUCUGUUAAAUGUUGUCAGCACUCUCGCACUUUCUUAUCUCAAUCCACACUGAACUUUUGCUGCAGAGUAUGGGAAAUCACAAACCAUUUUUAUGACAGAAGAAGUCUUGAACGAAAAACACAAGACUAGAGAAGAUGGAGGAGGCAGAAAAAGAACGUUUCUCCCGUUUACUCCGUUGUCCAUGACCUUUGAGAAUGUCACAUAUUCUGUUGAUAUGCCAGAGGUACUCAUGCUUUUGUAUUCUCAGCAGAAUCGGUUAAUGCUUCUGAAUGGAGUUAGUGGAGCUUUCAGACCAGGAGUUCUGACGGCACUCAUGGGAGUUAGUGGUGCUGGAAAGACUACAUUACUCGAUGUAUUGGCUGGAAGGAAGACCGGUGGAUACAUAGAAGGAAACAUCACCAUAUCGGGUCACCAAAAGGAGCAGGAAACUUUCGCUCGGAUCUCCGGGUACUGCGAACAGGAAGACAUACAUUCUCCUUUUGUUACUGUGUACGAGUCCCUUCUCUAUUCAGCAUGGCUCCGAUUGCCUCAAGAGACUGACUCAAAGACACGAGAGCUUUUCAUAGAGGAGGUGAUGGACUUAAUUGAGCUGAUGCCUCUAAGAAAUGCUCUCGUCGGAGUUUCGAAUCUUAAUGGACUUUCGGUGGAGCAACGGAAAAGGUUAACCAUUGCGGUUGAGCUUGUUGCCAACCCAUCGAUAAUUUUCAUGGAUGAGCCAACUUCAGGCCUUGAUGCCCGAGCAGCUGCCAUUGUGAUGAGAACCAUAAGAAGCACCGUUGAUACAGGAAGGACAGUAGUGUGCACAAUUCAUCAACCAAGUCUUGACAUAUUUGAAUCCUUUGAUGAGUUGAUCCUAUUGACCCGGGGUGGAAGAGAAAUAUACACAGGUCCUUUGGGACCGCAAUGUCGUACACUGAUAACCUAUUUCGAGAGCAUACCUGGAGUUGUAAGAAUAGGAGACGAUACUAAUCCUGCAAACUGGGUGAUGGAAGUCACUGCAAGGGCACAAGAAGAGAUCUUGGGUGUAAGUUUUGCAGAUGAGUACAAGAGAUCAGAACUUUAUAGGAGAAAUGAAGCUUUAAUUGGGGAAUUGAGUGUGCCUUCUCUCUAUUCACAUCCCCUUAGUUUUCCCUCAAAGUACUCACAAUCCUUCCUAUGUCAGUUCAAAGCUUGCUUAUGGAAACAGCACAAAUCCUACUGGCGGAAUGUGCCGUAUACAGCAGCACGGUUUUUUUUCACCGUGUCAGCGGCCUUGGUAUUUGGCUUUCUAUUCUGGGAUUUCGGAUCCAAAAGGAGCUCAAAAGAGGAUAUAUUUAACGGAGUGGGAGCUAUGUUCUCUACACUCAUGUUUGUAGGAACACAAAGUGUUUCUCUGGCGCGUCCAGUAAUAGUGACUGAAAGACUUGUGUACUAUCGAGAGCAUGCGGCUGGAAUGUACUCUUCUUUUCCUUAUGCGAUGGCACAGGUUGCAAUUGAGAUUCCAUAUACAAUAGUUCAGGCUGUUAUUUAUGGGACCAUAAUAUUCGCGAUGAUGGGAUAUGAAUGGACAGCUACGAGGUUCUUUUUAAACCUGUUCUUCUCGUUCAUCUCCAUCUUGUACUUUGUGUACUUUGGGAUGAUGAUCAUAGCAGUUAGUCCUAACCAAGUGAUCGCCGCGGUAUCCUCUGGCAUGCUCUACUCAGUAUGGACUCUCUUCUCAGGCAUGGUGAUUCCCAGGACGAGAAUUUCUGUGUGGUUGAGGUGGUAUGCAUGGAUAUGCCCGGUCUCUUGGAGUAUGUACGGCAUGGUCACUGCACAAUAUGGUGAUAUGCAUAACAAGUUUGACUCGGAGACGGUUGCGGAGUAUCUUAGGGAUUAUUUCGGCUUCAGAUACGACUUCUUGUGGGUGGUAUCAGUCGUAUUGAUUGGAUUUGUACUGCUCUUUCUUAGUGUAUAUGUCUAUGCUAUGAAGGCUUUGAACUUUCAGAAGAGAUAG